CGGGCGGCAAAGCCCACGGCAUCUGCCAUUUGUCAUUCAGCCCGUCGGGAACGCCCCUGAGCCUUGAUUUAGAUGCGUCGGAGCCGUACUCUGGCCUCACUCUCGCGGAGAGCGCGCGAGCGGGUGGACGGACGCACGGGGCAGCCGUGCUUGCAGCAGCAUCGCAGUGGAGCGCGGGGCACUUCUCUGGCUUGCAGUCAUGGCUGUGCAGGCGGCACGCUUGGCCUGAGUUCCUGGGGACUCCGUGCCGCGCGGGAUUGUUCCUGUCUCAUUUGUGCACAGCCUUUGGCUUUUGCUUUCCCUCCAUCCGAAGUGGUUCUGCUGCUCACUGCACCUAAAACCCGUCGGUUCCUCGCUUAGGUGUUUGCAUAGGAAUCAGAGGUGUUAAUCUUGUUGGAAUCUUCAGACCCACUUGUGGGAAGACACCGCACCUGCCUUGCAGCUGACGUGUCCUGUCAACCAGUAGGCAGUCCAGUGAUCCAGGACGUGUCCCAGUGCUCACGCUGGUGAUACGAAUGACCUUUCUGUUCGUGACUCUCACCUGCGCUUCUGACUUCGUGCACCAAGCUUGAGACUGCAUUAAAUUGGGAUGAGGGAGCGGCUGUUCAAGUGCUUGCAGACUGACUGUGGCAAAGCCUUUGUUUCCAAAUAUAAACUGAUGAGGCACAUGGCUACCCACUCGCCCCAAAAGACUCAUCAGUGCAAUUACUGUGAGAAGACGUUCAACCGGAAAGACCACCUGAAAAACCACCUGCAGACCCACAACCCCAACAAAAGGGCCUUUGUGUGUGAGGAAUGUGGGAAGAAGUACCACACCACGCUGGGCUACAAGAGGCACAUGGCCCUCCAUGCAGCCAACAGCGGUGACCUCACCUGUGGGGUGUGUUCGCUGGAGCUGGAGAGCACCGAGCUGCUGCUCACCCACCUCAAGUCCCAUUCUGAAGAAAAGCCGCCCAGCACAGCCCGCGAGAAGAAGCACCGGUGCGAACACUGUGAGCGAUGCUUCUACACUCGGAAGGAUGUGCGUCGCCACCUGGUGGUCCAUACAGGAUGCAAGGACUUCCUGUGCCAGUUCUGUGCCCAGAGAUUCGGGCGCAAAGACCACCUCACCCGCCAUACCAAGAAAACACACCAGCAAGAGCUGAUGAGGGAGAGUCUGCAGGGUGCAGAAUUUCUGGGCACUUUCCACCCUAUGGCGCCUGCCUUUCAGCUGCAGGCUGCUGCCCUGCCUCCUUUCCCCAUAGGAGCGCCAGGUCCGAAUGGGUUUGUAGGUGGUAUGCCGGCUGAGAUUCAUGGCUUUACUUUUGGCCCCCCAGAGCCAUCCGUUCAGCCAAUGCCACAGUUGCCAGAGCCCUUUAUGGCCAUGCAUCCUUCUGUUGCCCCAGGCUCUCCACCUCCAGGCUUUCAGAAUCCUAAGUAUGGUGCUGGUCCUACCUCUUACCCACCACUUGCAAACAUGCCCCUCAAAGCAGAUACUAAGGGGUUUUGCAGUAUCAAUAUGUAUGAGGACUUGCCUCUGCAAGAGCCUCAGUCACCUCCCAAGUUCAAUCCAGGUUUUGAUAUGAUGAAGGCAGGUCUACCAAAAAUCAACCUGCCCAAGGAGCUGCCUCCAGAUACUGUGAACCUAGCAAUUUCUGCCUCUCUGGAUAUUUCCACUCUGUUGAGCUUCUGGCAGCUGCCUCCACCGCCACCGCCACCUCCACCCCCACCCCCACCACCUCCUCCUCCUCCUCCUCCACUUCCUCCUCCUCCUCCCCCCCAAAAUGCCUUUGGGAAUAACACUCUCACCCUGGCACCUGGGGAACCUGUACCCCAUGGACUGACCUGUUUGGAGCAGCAGCAGCCGCCGCUGCCGCUGCCGCUGCCGCCGCCACAGCCGCAGCAGCAGCAGCAGCAGCAGCAGCAGCAGCAGCAGCAGCAGGAGAACCCCACAGCUGUGGGCACAGUGAAUCUGGGCCAGCUCCCUCUGCCACCGAUCCCCCAUGUUUUCACGGCUGGCACCACCACUGCUAUCCUGCCGCAUUUUCAUCAUGCAUUCAGAUAACUUGGUUAUUUGAAAGCAUGUUUUUUGAAUUCUGGAGGAUGUUUUGGCAAGCAUUUUGACCAUGAGUUAUAAUACGAAAA